AUGUCUGGCAAAAUAAAUGGCACACAACAAAAAUUGUCAGAACUACUAGGUCACACUGUUUUGUUUAUACCCUGUCAAGCCCACAGAAUAAAUACUUUUCUUGAACACAGCUGCAAUGCAAGUGUUAUAGUUGGAGAUUUAUUUUUGGUACUCGAACAUAUGUAUGUUUUCUUUUCUUCAAGUACAAAAAGAUAUGCUCAUUUGCAAAAAAGUCUGUCUGAAAUUGAAAAUUCUUUACAGUUACGUAAUUUAUCGAAAACAAGGUGGACAGCCCGAGCAGAGUCAAUAACAGCUGUAUGGGUUUCAUUUGACUCAAUUGUAAAAACACUAGAAGAAAUGUCUACAGCCCAGUACUUUGACAAAAACACAAGAUCUCAAGCUUUAGGAAUCGCCAAAAAAAUACUCACAUUUGACUUUGUAGUAUCACUAUAUUUUAUGAAAAACGUGAUGUAUAAAAUGAAAAUUUUAACUGAAAGUUUUGAAGCCAAAGAUCUCAACAUAAUUGAUGCUCUAAUGCUAUUAAAUAGUUCUACUGACAUUUUCAAUGAUAUUAACAAUGAUUCGAUAGGCAUGGAUAAUUUGAUUGAUAGUUCUAUUAAUUAUGCACAUCAAUUAAACAUUAAUCCUGAAUCUGAUUUCAACAAAAUACACAGGAGAAGACUAUUGCCAAAAAGAUUAGAUUCUAAUCCAAGUUCACAGGCAAUAUUUGAUUUAAAAACUUUCUACAGAUCUGAAUUUAAAAAAGUUUUAGAUACUCUGACAACAUUAACUUCCGAACACUUAAAAAAAUGCAUUGCUACUGUUGAACCAUUAUUUAAUCUUUUAAAAGUGCCUUUGAGUAAUAAACAUUCAGCAGAAGACUUUGAAAAGAUAAUAAAUUUAUUCCCUCCAAGAUGUUCUGUAUCCAAUAUUAAGGAUUUUGAUGCAGUUUAUUCUGAAUAUCUUGUGCUGGCUCACCGUUGCAAGGACGCUAAAAAUGUUUUGGAUAUCUUAAAUGUAUCAGAAAUGUAUAAAAAUAUUUUGCCUAAUAUGAACAAGAUAUUAAGAUUAAUGUUUACAGCCCCUGUAAGUACAGCCUCCAAUGAACGAGCGUUCAGUAAACUAAAACUAAUAAAAAACUUUUUACGAUCUACCAUGAAUGCUGACCGUCUUCAAAAUUUAAUGUUACUUAAUACUAAUAAGGAUAUUUUAGAUACAAUUGAUACCAUGGUGCUCGUGAAGAAGUGGUCCCAUUUGAAACAUCGUAGAAUAGAAGUAUAA